AUGGAAGUCAGAGAUGUAGAUCCGGAAGAAGCAAAUCACGUGAAGGUCAAUUCUGCAUCGAUUUAUGCCUAUACACUUAUCUAUUUAGGCCAUCAUAAAAAAGCCAAACAAGUUAUACAUGAUGCGCUGGAAAAUAUUGGAGACUCCGACCAUGCGUCUAUCGCAGUUAUGUUGAAUUCCCUGGGAUUGGCAGAAGAAGGGCCCAAUGGAAGUGAAAUUGAUGCUCUGAAAUGGUAUUCAAGAUCUCUGUCAAGGCGUCGCCAAAUGUCUGUGAUAAAGCCAGAAAAUUUGGUCAUCCCCUUGUGUCACAUAGCAGAUUUGGCAUCCAAGAAACCCCAGAAAUAUGAGUUGGCCAUGAAAUAUUUGAAUGAAGCUCGAGAUAUCAUGAAGAAAAAAUGUUGGAUACACAUACAUUCCGCUACAAUCCAAUACACAUUUGGUGUUGUGAAACUGAGGAUGUAA